CUAAGCCCAGAGCAGAGCAGUGCUCUGUUCGACCUAUUGACCCACCAUGCAACCUACGACGAGAUCUGCCAGUUCAAGUCGCCAGCCGCCAUGAAAGAGUAUGGCCCGCCAUUUCAAGACACAAAAACGACAACCUCUCCCAUCCUACAAUCGCUUCUCUCCAAAUUUAUCCUACCGCUACCGGGACUCCGCGACGUCUCACCCGAAUUCUGGAAGGUCCGCAUCGAGAACAUAAUAGAAGAGUUGGCAGCCGCAAACUUGAGUGAGAGUUACGACAAGGGUGUUUUGGGUAUCAGAAAGACAUUGGCCACUGCUAUCUCGGCCUUGAUAGAAUACCCAGCCAGAGGAUGUUAUGGUGGCAUCAAGAAGGAUGAGUCGGUCUUCAAGGAUCAACACUUUGACCCUGCUAAGCCUGAUGAUGUGCUGCGUGCGUGGUACGUCUUCAUGCAGCAGCUGGUCUAUGGCGACCUGUUCGACAAGCUCUUCGCCAAGGCUGCAGAGACGGACGACUUGCGCAAGCAUGACAGUCUGGUUCAAGCAGCUCACGAGUUUGUCAUUGUCAACCUUGCAUCUUUCAUGCACUACACUCUUGUCGUUAGUCCCGAGGGUCCGUCAUUACUUCGCAUGGUCGAGAAUGUUCACAAGCUUGCACCGUACACCCUGAUGAGACAGACACUAAAGGUCGGCAAUGUUGCUACCAUGAUUAACGGUAUGGUCAAGUUGAUGCUUGCCAAAGUGAGUGUUGGUACCUUGACCAAUUGGAUGGGUAUCAGCAGUGGAGCAGACGAAGGCAUGAACUUGAUGCAACAGAUCAUCUCCACCGUCCUCGGCUGGGACAAGAAGGAGCUCAAGAAGCGACUAGAAAAGAUCGAAAAAGACAAGGAUGCACCAUCCCAGGAGCAGCGUGAAGCACUAAAAUCCUGGAUGGAACAAAGUCGACCAGAGCAAGAAGAAUGCCGCAGACGAAGCCAGGAGCAGUCUAUGUCGAUCGUAUCGACCAUUCUAUCUUUGUCUCCAGCAAGUCCAGAUCUUAGCGAGAAACAACACAAACUGGCACUCGAGUACCUCUCGCUGAGUCUGGCCGUCCGAGACAGAACCAAGAUCGUUGAUGUGCUCUGUCAUCACAACCCUGAUCACCUUACACAGGCCGUACGCGACGGUGUACAUGCUUACGAACCCAUGAUCAGACAAGUGCAUCAAGCCGUCGACCUCAGCGCCACUGUCGCAGACUUCCAGGCUUUCAUGGACGACAUGAUCAAGGUGUCCAAACCAAAGAAGGACGGCAAGCCUCCCAGCGUCGAGGACUUUGUACACCUCUUGCACAGCCACAUGGGUGCUUCGCAUCGCUUCAUUCACCAAGUGGCCAAGAAUGGCAAGGAGGUUACACAGUGGUUCAAGGACUACGUACACCAGGUCUCUGCCAACUUCAAACAGGAACACGCCUCACCUUCCAUCUUCGAUUCGCUUUCCACAGCCUUUGACGGACUGAAACCUGAAGAACAAGACAAGGUCCGCAAAGAAGUCGAUGCAUCAGCAAAAUACCUUGACGAACUAUACGCAUCAUCCGCAGCUAGAAUCCGCGACGUGAUCAGCAACAAGUCAUCCACACCAUACGGACCCGGAGCCUAUCUGGCUAGAUGGCAGGAAUUGCUCGACUCGACGCUGGUGACCCCUGAGACAGCCAAGGGACCUGUCCGCAAGGGA